UGCAAAUGGCGACACGGAGACACUGUUUGUGAUUACUUCCCAAGAUAGUUACUUAAUCUGGCGGAAAAAAUCGCAAAACCGUAUCUAAAAUGGGUAGGAAAAUAAGGCUACCCCCACUUCGGCCCCCAAGCUGCUCAAGCCCAAUCUAUGACCCUGAAGCCAGGGACCCUCGUCGUAUGUGUCUCCCCCAGAUUCUCAACAUCCCCCUGGUGGCGACUGUGCAGGGACAGAACAACCUAGGACGGCGUGUCAGACCAGCUACAGGUUCUCACCACAACCCAUCAGUGCACUGCGGAAACUACCUGCCACAGCCCCUACGGCGCCGGGAACCAGUGCCUUACACUGACAACACACAGAUGCCUAAGGACAUGCUGGUCAGACGACCAACCAACUCCCAGCUGGACCUGACUCUGCCAGGCAUCAACGAUGGGCUGUCACGAAGACACGUUCGUCUGCUCCGGAGGCAGCAGAUGUCUCGCUUGACACACUGUGGGAAUGAGAGAGUCAGCCCCCAAGGGGAGUCUGUAAGCAGCCAUCACUCCCCAGAUGCCCCGCAUCUAGCAAUCCACGGACAGAGGAUCUACACCCCAUUUGCUCGCUCCCCCGGGGAGGGCAUGGAGGACCCACUCUCAGACGUCAGCUCAGAGGAGAUUUUCCCCAUUGGGGGAUCCGACAGCACAGACUCUACCACCAUGCCACGCCUCAACCUGUCUGAGGUUCCUGCUCUCAACCUGCCACAGAUCCCGAGGAGAUCUCCACGCCUCCUCACACCUCGCCUCAUGGCCCAGGACUACGCAGCAGAUGACAUGAGGUCACCGAGCCCCGCCGCACUGCCCUACCUUCCUCACAUCAGGAAACGCAAGAGAAGGGGCGCCACAGAUGAUUGCUAGACAACUUAUGAAGACACAACACAAGUAUUUCGAAAAUACUACUUUAGUUCUUUUGGCAGUUUAGGUGUACUAAUAUUUCACAUAUAACAUUUGGCAACAUUUUCCAGUUAAAGUGUGUCUGUUUAGGUCUUCAAAGUUGAAAUGAUAUUUAAUGCUACCUGACAAAAUUUGGGGUUAAAUGUUACAAGGGGUAGCUAAUUUCUCAGGAAAAAAUUACGAGCAACGUAUAGAUCAACGUAAAGGGUAAGAUAUCUUUUAAUACAAUUAUAAGUGAAGCAGUGAAUUUGAUAAAUGUAAAAUUUGUAUGCUGUUUUAUUUGACAAUUAUGAUAUUUUAGCCUUUUUUGAGGUAUUCAAUCUUCAGAUUUGGUUAUAUUUUUAUGACAUUUUGCCUUGCUUUUUGAGGCUAUCUAAACUGAUACUGAUACUUGUGAUGUUUUAUGAUAUGUUUUACUAAGAUGUUUAGGAAUUGGAAACAAUAUACAAAGUACAGUAUGCUGUUUUAACUCACGAACCCCCCCUAAACACUGAGUCGUACAUAAGGCUGCUUUGAGUAUAUAGGAACAUACACAACAGAGGCGGUCAUUGGACAGCAUCCAGCAAGACACCAUGCUGCAAACACCUCGGGAAUGUGUAUCCAAUAUUGACAAGUGAAAGUUAUUUAGUAUGAGGGCCUUUUUCAAACGAUACAAAUGUGUUAACAUAUGCCUGAAGGAUUUCAAUGGGGCACAAGUGACACACUUUAUAAUAUGAAGCAAUGAUACAGGAACGAGAGUGUUCACAGAAUCAGUCAGUUAGGGAGGAGAUAACAUCAGCUUCCUUCACUGGAAUUCAUGCAAUAUAAAUCAAUGAAGAAUUUUGAGUGCUGUAAAUGUUAUAAUAAUGUGAAAUUAUUUAAAUCAGCUGUCAUAACUAAGGCCAUGAAAUGUUCAAUCAAGCUACAUAUGUUAUAAAUUAUACAAGGAACUGGGAUUGGAAAGUAAUUCAUAAUUACCUGAAUAUGUAUAUGACAUUCGUACUGGCAGUUUUCUAAUUGAUGAAAGUAUGUGAGAAGGAUUUUCGCGCAAUAUAAGUACAUACAAUGUCAUCUGUCUAUAUUGAGGCACUAGUCAGGACAAUAUCAACAUCAUGGUGCUUCCUUCUGUAUUGAAGCGCUGGUCAGGAUAAUAUCACCAUCAUGGUGCUUCCGUCUGUAUUGAGGCGCUGGUCAGGACAAUAUUAACAUCAUGGUGCUUCCGUCUGUAUUGAGGCACUGGUCAGGACAAUAUCAACAUCAUGGUGCUUCCGUCUGUCUUGAGGCACUGGUCAGGACAAUAUCAACAUCAUGGUGCUUCCAUCUGUAUUGAGGCGCUGGUCAGGACAAUAUCAACAUCAUAGUGCUUCCGUCUGUCUUGAGGCACUAGUCAAGACAAUAUCAACAUCAUGGUGCUUCCGUCUGUCUUGAGGCGCUAGUCAGGACAAUAUCAACAUUAUGGUGCUUCCAGCUGUCUUGAGGCACUAGUCAGGACAAUAUCAACAUCAUGGUGCUUCAGUCUGUCUGGAGGCGCUGGUCAGGACAAUAUCAACAUCAUGGUGCUUCCGUCUCUCUUGAGGUACUGGUCAGGACAAUAUCACCAUCAUGGUGCUUCCGUCUGUCUUGAGGUACUGGUCAGGACAAUAUCACCAUCAUGGUGCUUCCGUCUGUCUUAAGGCACUAGUCAGGACAAUAUCAACAUCAUGGUGCUUCCGUCUGUCUUGAGGCACUGGUCAGGACAAUAUCAACAUCAUGGUGCUUCCGUCUGUCUGGAGGCGCUGGUCAGGACAAUAUCAACAUCAUUGUGCUUCCGUCUGUCUGGAGGCGCUGGUCAGGACAACAUCAACAUCAUGGUGCUUCCGUCUGUCUUGAGGUACUGGUCAGGACAAUAUCACCAUCAUGGUGCUUCCGUCUGUCUUGAGGCACUAGUCAGGACAAUAUCAACAUCAUGGUGCUUCCGUCUGUCUUGAGGUUCUGGUCAGGACAAUAUCAACAUCAUAAUGCUUCCGUCUGUCUUAAGGCACUAGUCAGGACAAUAUCAACAUCAUGGUGCUUCCGUCUGUCUUAAGGCACUAGUCAGGACAAUAUCAACAUCAUGGUGCUUCCGUCUGUCUUGAGGCACUGGUCAGGACAAUAUCAAUAUCAUUGUGCUUCCGUCUGUCUGGAGGCGCUGGUCUGGACAACAUCAACAUCAUGGUGCUUCCGUCUGUCUUGAGGUACUGGUCAGGACAAUAUCACCAUCAUGGUGCUUCCGUCUGUCUUGAGGCACUGGUCAGGACAAUAUCAACAUCAUAGUGCUUCCGUCUGUCUGGAGGCACUGGUCGGACAAUAUCAGCAUCAUGGUGCUUCCGUCUGUCUUGAGGCACUGGUCAGGACAAUAUCAACAUCAUGGUGCUUCCAUCUGUCUUGAGGCACUGGUAAUUCUGUAGUCUGAAGUGGUUGAACCAUGUUGACAAGCUGAUGUGGUUAGGCUGUCAUCUGUAGGAUGACCCAUGUUGUAACGUUUGGGUUUGUUUUUGUUUCAGCAGUCUAUUCAUCUGUGAGGCACUGACUGCUAUGAGACAUAAAUGUCUCAGUUCUUCUUCCAAAACCUGUGUCAUCCAUUCAUUCAUCAGUUUGUCCAUCCCCCCGAUUGGAUCCUCACUUCUACAUUACCAUCAGUACAUCAGCUCAGUUGAACAUCCACCAGUCAUCACACCAUGUGUGUUGUCUGUCAUCAGUAAAACCUCUGAUGAUAUACCCCUAGGUUCUAGCAAGUAAUCAUCAUGUACACUAUUUAGACUGGACAAUUUGUGCAAGUUUAAUAAUCAUUCUAACCUUACCCGUCCAUGCACUAUUUUUGGUUAAUGAGUUUGGUCACACAAAUGCGUAAAUGUACCAUCAGUGAUUUUGUCUCUUCAUCAUGCCUCUUCAGACUUAAUGUUACAGAAACAAGUAAAGUGUUUAAUGUAGAACCAGUUGAGCUCAGCCUCACACUGAAGCACACUGAGCAGGUGGUAGUGUAGAGGUGAUAAGUACUUCCCUCAGCGCCAGGCUACACUGGGUGGAAGGAACAAAUUUAGCCCAUUUGGAUUUAAGAUAAUGUCAACAUAAUUUCUAAAUUUGAAAAUGGAUCAGGUGGUAUUGACAGCAAUGCUGUAAGCUUUACACACAAAAUGAAGCAGCUUUAAGUUUGGAUAGUACUUGGAUGGUGAGCCCAAGGAAGACCAACUUUGCUGUUGCCUGGCUGCUCUAGUGUGGAUUCAUACCCCAUAAGCAUGGAUUGACACACACUGCCAGCUGCAAUUUGCCUGCACCUGACCUGAUCCCGGGCGUGAACCCACUCAAUGCAGGUCGUCGUAUUAUGGUUGAAAUAUUGCCCCAGGCGAUGUAUUGGAUGGAGAACUGAUGAAGAAUGGAUGGAGGCAGGCAGUCAGGGGGGCCUUCAGGGAGAACACUUCCGGUGCAGUCACGUCAGACAUUGGAGUGUUAGGGAGUUGGUCUGUCUGCUGUCUGGCCGUUCCAAAUUUCUAAAUUGGUAACUUUCAUGUUUACUUCAUUUGAAAUUUUAUUAUUUCAUUCUUAAUUUUUCAUUUCAAAUUUUGACAACACAUUAAUAUUGAUCUUAUUAUUGUUUACACUAAAUGACAUAUAUAAUGUAUCGUUUAUCUCAUGGCUGAACAUUCCUUAGAUUUAUUUAAUAUCAGUGCCUCAUGGGUCAUUGUGUGGCCUUCUGAAAUAGCCAUCUACCCAUUAUUACAGUUGGCCUUUUCUGUGCAUAUUUGAUUCCGAUAUCUGAUAGCAAAAUUUCAUCUAUCGUUCCACGAAAGUAGAUAACCAGAGACAAGGCCUGUGUGUCAUCUGUACCACUGUCCAUGUCCCUCGCAUCAGUAGUAUCAAACACUACUGGAGGCCAAGAUGCUCACAAUCACCUUCAUGAGUAAACUGGUACCUCGUUCCCAUGCUCAAGGUGUGACAACAAUGUGUUCCUGAUGACAAUAAUGGCUGCUGUGUGUGGCUUGUACUUGGCUGGCAGACCACAGCUCUUCAUCAUGGUUUGUCUGUUCAAGGUUCCACACUGCUGGCUACGUCAUUAUAGCUGAGAUAGUGCUGGACUUGCCAAACCACUAGAGCCUCAAGGGUAUCUGUUAAACAUCAUGGUGUUGGCACACCACCAGUGCCUCGAGGGUAUCUGUUAAACAUCAUGGUGUUGGCACACCACCAGAGCCUCAAGGGUAUCUGUUAAACAUCAUGGUGUUGGCACACCACCAGAGCCUCAAGGGUAUCUGUUAAACAUCAUGGUGUUCGCACACCACCAGAGCCUCAAGGGUAUCUGUUAAACAUCAUGGUGUUGGCACACCACCAGAGCCUCAAGGCUAUCUGUUAAACAUCAUGGUGUUGGCACACCACCAGUGCCUCAAGGCUAUCUGUUAAACAUCAUGGUGUUGGCACACCACCAGAGCCUCAAGGCUAUCUGUUAAACAUCAUGGUGUUGGCACACCACCAGUGCCUCAAGGCUAUCUGUUUAACAUCAUGGUGUUGGCACACCACCAGAGCCUCAAUGUAUAAGUAAAACAUCAUGGUGUUGGCAACACACCCGUGCCUCAAGGCUAUCUGUUUAAUAUCAUGGUGUUGGCAACACACCCGUGCCUCAAGGCUAUCUGUUUAACAUCAUGGUGUUGGCAACACACCAGUGCCUCAAGGCUAUCUGUUUAACAUCAUGGUGUUGGCAACACACCAGUGCCUCAAGGCUAUCUGUUUAACAUCAUGGUGUUGGCAACACACCAGUGCCUCAAGGCUAUCUGUUAAACAUCAUGGUGUUGGCAACACACCAGAGCCUCAAGGCUAUCUGUUUAACAUCAUGGUGUUGGCAACACACCAGUGCCUCAAGGCUAUCUGUUAAACAUCAUGGUGUUGGCAACACACCCGUGCCUCAAAGGUAUAAGUAACACAUCAUGGUGUUGGCGGCAACACCCGUGCCUCAAGGCUAUCUGUUAAACAUCAUGGUGUUGGCAACACACCAGUGCCUCAAGGGUAUAAGUAAAACAUCAUGGUGUUGGCAACACACCCGUGCCUCAAGGGUAUCUGUUAAACAUCAUGGUGUUGGCAACACCCGUGCCUCAAGGCUAUCUGUUAAACAUCAUGGUGUUGGCAACACACCAGUGCCUCAAGGCUAUCUGUUUAACAUCAUGGGGUUGGCAACACACCAGUGCCUCAAGGCUAUCUGUUUAACAUCAUGGUGUUGGCAACACACCAGUGCCUCAAGGCUAUCUGUUUAACAUCAUGGUGUUGGCAACACACCAGUGCCUCAAGGCUAUCUGUUUAACAUCAUGGUGUUGGCAACACACCCGUGCCUCAAGGGUAUCUGUUAAACAUCAUGGUGUUGGCAACACCCGUGCCUCAAGGCUAUCUGUUAAACAUCAUGGUGUUGGCAACACACCAGUGCCUCAAGGCUAUCUGUUUAACAUCAUGGUGUUGGCAACACACCAGUGCCUCAAGGCUAUCUGUUUAACAUCAUGGUGUUGGCAACACACCAGUGCCUCAAGGCUAUCUGUUUAACAUCAUGGUGUUGGCAACACACCAGUGCCUCAAGGCUAUCUGUUUAACAUCAUGGUGUUGGCAACACACCAGUGCCUCAAGGGUAUAAGUAAAACAUCAUGGUGUUGGCAACACACCAGUGCCUCAAGGGUAUCUGUUUAACAUCAUGGUGUUGGCAACACACCAGUGCCUCAAGGGUAUCUGUUAAACAUCAUGGUGUUGGCAACACACCAGUGCCUCGAGGGUAUCUGUUAAACAUCAUGGUGUUGGCAACACACCAGUGCCUCAAGGCUAUCUGUUAAACAUCAUGGUGUUGGCAACACACCAGUGCCUCAAGGGUAUCUGUUUAACAUCAUGGUGUUGGCAACACACCAGUGCCUCAAGGCUAUCUGUUUAACAUCAUGGUGUUGGCAACACACCAGUGCCUCAAGGCUAUCUGUUAAACAUCAUGGUGUUGGCAACACCAGUGCCUCAAGGCUAUCUGUUAAACAUCAUGGUGUUGGCAACACACCAGUGCCUCGAGGAUAUAAGUAAAACAUCAUGGUGUUGGCAACACACUAGUGCCUCGAGGGUAUCAGUUUAACAUCAUGGUGUUGGCAACACACCAGUGCCUCGAGGGUAUCUGUUAAACAUCAUGGUGUUGGCAACACACCAGUGCCUCAAGGCUAUCUGUUUAACAUCAUGGUGUUGGCAACACACCAGUGCCUCAAAGGUAUAAGUAAAACAUCAUGGUGUUGGCAACACACCCGUGCCUCAAGGGUAUCUGUUAAACAUCAUGGUGUUGGCAACACACCAGUGCCUCAAGGCUAUCUGUUAAACAUCAUGGUGUUGGCAACACACCCGUGCCUCAAGGCUAUCUGUUAAACAUCAUGGUGUUGGCAACACACCCGUGCCUCAAGGGUAUCUGUUAAACAUCAUGGUGUUGGCAACACACCAGUGCCUCAAGGGUAUAAGUAAAACAUCAUGGUGUUGGCAACACACCCGUGCCUCAAGGGUAUCUGUUUAACAUCAUGGUGUUGGCAACACACCAGAGCCUCAAGGCUAUCUGUUUGACAUCAUGGUGUUGGCAACACACCAGAGCCUCAAGGCUAUCUGUUAAACAUCAUGGUGUUGGCAACACACCAGUGCCUCAAGACUAUCUGUUAAACAUCAUGGUGUUGGCAACACACCAGUGCCUCGAGGGUAUCUGUUAAACAUCAUGGUGUUGGCAACACACCAGUGCCUCAAAGGUAUAAGUAAAACAUCAUGGUGUUGGCAACACACCCAUGCCUCAAGGGUAUCUGUUAAACAUCAUGGUGUUGGCGGCAACACCCGUGCCUCAAGGCUAUCUGUUAAACAUCAUGGUGUUGGCAACACACCAGUGCCUCAAGGGUAUAAGUAAAACAUCAUGGUGUUGGCAACACCCGUGCCUCAAGGCUAUCUGUUUAACAUCAUGGUGUUGGCAACACACCCGUGCCUCAAGGCUAUCUGUUAAACAUCAUGGUGUUGGCAACACACCAGUGCCUCAAGGCUAUCUGUUAAACAUCAUGGUGUUGGCACACCACCAGAGCCUCAAGGGUAUAAGUAAAACAUCAUGGUGUUGGCAACACACCCGUGCCUCAAGGCUAUCUGUUAAACAUCAUGGUGUUGGCAACACACCCGUGCCUCAAGGCUAUCUGUUAAACAUCAUGGUGUUGGCAACACACCCGUGCCUCAAGGCUAUCUGUUAAACAUCAUGGUGUUGGCAACACACCAGUGCCUCAAGGCUAUCUGUUUAACAUCAUGGUGUUGGCAACACACCAGAGCCUCAAGGCUAUCUGUUUAACAUCAUGGUGUUGGCAACACACCCGUGCCUCAAGGCUAUCUGUUUAACAUCAUGGUGUUGGCGGCAACACCUGUGCCUCAAGGCUAUCUGUUUAACAUCAUGGUGUUGGCAACACACCAGUGCCUCAAGGCUAUCUGUUUAACAUCAUGGUGUUGGCAACACACCCGUGCCUCAAGGCUAUCUGUUUAACAUCAUGGUGUUGGCGGCAACACCCGUGCCUCAAGGCUAUCUGUUAAACAUCAUGGUGUUGGCGGCAACACCCGUGCCUCAAGGCUAUCUGUUAAACAUCAUGGUGUUGGCAACACACCAGUGCCUCAAGGCUAUCUGUUUAACAUCAUGGUGUUGGCAACACACCAGUGCCUCGAGGGUAUAAGUAACACAUCAUGGUGUUGGCAACACACCAGUGCCUCAAGGCUAUCUGUUUAACAUCAUGGUGUUGGCAACACACCAGUGCCUCAAGGCUAUCUGUUUAACAUCAUGGUGUUGGCAACACACCUGAGCCUCGAGGGUAUAAGUAAAACAUCAUGGUGUUGGCAACACACCCGUGCCUCAAGGGUAUCUGUUAAACAUCAUGGUGUUGGCAACACACCAGUGCCUCAAGGCUAUCUGUUAAACAUCAUGGUGUUGGCAACACCCGUGCCUUCAAGGGUAUCUGUUAAAC